AUGCAGUUCGAGUUGGCGGUGGGAAUCGGUGUUGGGCAUCGGUUUGUUGGCCCCCGAAAUGCUGGUUGUUGGGAUGCCGGCAUUUCAAGCGAGGAUGAUUGGGAUGUCCUUGUGGGGCUGACACUCCGAGGCAUGGUUGGCUAUUCCGUCCUUGCUGAGUCGACUCUCGGAAGGUGGAAGGACCAUGCGUCGGGGGCUAAUGCAGUCGGUUUAACGGUGGCUAUAAGUGGGUGCGAUGGUUGGCUACGGUUUUUGGUGGCGUUUGAAAAGCCGGUUGUUGGGAUGCCUGCAUUUCGAACGGGGAUGGUUGUCCAGUUCGUCCUCGCCGAGUCGACUCACGGAUGGGGGAAGGACAAGGCGUCGGGGGCUAAUGCAGUCGGUUUUAGGUUGGCUCUAAGUGGGUGGGACGGUUGGCUACGGUUUUCUUCGGUCUUGCAUGGCACUCAUCGACGCGACUGUCAUGGGCACCAGGCAUUCGCUGGUGGGCUGACUGCUGAGUUAAAAACUUGGCCUUUGGUCUGUUGGUGGGUUGUGCGGUGUGUAUGAAGUUUGCGAUGCGUAAUUGUGUGUGAGAUGUAUUUGGUUUUCAUGGUCAGGUUUGAUCCUUGCUGUAGCAGCGAAAACUUGCCGUGAAAGCCUUUUCAAUUUGGUGGGUUCCGCCUUUGUCUGCAAUGGUUUCCUUUGUUCUGUACCCUUUCGGUGGCAUCCUUACGUUCCAACUGCUGAGUUCUGUCGUGUGCCUGCUCGUGUGGGAACCAAAGGGUUGGCAUUCGAUUGACGCCAUGGCACCGCUUGUGGUACACUAUCUGUUGUCUCUUUUCCGGAAAGUUUUGGCCCAUUGGNGAAAUGCCGGUUGUUGGGAUGCCG